UUCAGUUGUCGGUCAAUGUUGACGACUUCGGCCUCAUGCGCUGGGGCGCGGAGUCGCGAGUCGUCGACGACAUCUCAGCGGCAGGCAAGCUGCUUGCCCAGUGCCUGAGCAGGAUCGACCUGCGCAUCGCGCUGGACAAGUCCAGAGUUCUUGGGAAUACGGCGGUGGUGAGGAACGCUAUCACUCGUAAGCUGAAGAGCCUCCAGCCCCUUCCCGUUCGGUCCGAGCGCAACCUCGGUGUGGACUUCGGUGUGGACUCCGGUGCGGGGUUGGUGGCCAGCCGUGGCACCGUGCGUGGGCGCGUUUCUGGCAUGCGGCCCAGGUGGUUGGUUCGGAUGGGCUUCCUGAAAUGCUAUAAGCCCCGCCGCCGUGUGCUCGGGCGUAUGACUCGAGCGUCGUUGGAGGCCUCGGCGUUGCUUGGGGCAUCGGCCAUGGGCACGAGUGGGAAGGAGCUGGAGGCCCUUCGAGGCGCGGCCGGGAAGCUGCAAGACCAUCACCAGGAUGGCAAAUCUCGCACCUUGGCGCUGCUCCUGUCUCCUGUGCCCCGUCGGGGCCCCAUCUUCAGGGCCACGCGGCUUCCCGUCAAGGCCUUCCUUCAUGCCCUGUGGCACUCCUGGUUUCCCAGGGAUGCGUUAGACUUCGGGAUCCGUCAGACCCGUGGGGACCUGUCUGGGCUGGAGCACCCCUGGCCCUCUAUCGGGGGCCCCUUCGGAGCUCCCUGGGCCUCGUUACAGCGGAUUGGCAUCACGGCUACCUCGGCUACCUCUUGGAUUUGGCCUGAUGGGGCCAACAUCACCCCCACUAACUACUGCCCUGUCACUGUCCAGGAGCUCGUGUUUCGUGCGGUGGAGCGCUGGCAGUUUGCUAGAGUUGCAGACCACCUUGACCAGCGUGAGUUCGACAAUGGUUUGAUCCUGAGCCCCCUAAAGGCCCUGCUCGGCAGCAAGAGUAAGCUCACGGCCCAGCAGAGGGGCCACCCGCGUAGCACCAUCGUGGGAGGCCAGUGGCCUCAGAAGCGCCCGUGGGCCGAAGGUUACGACACCACGGCUGCGUGCCUGCUGUGCCCCACCGCCGAGGGCACGCUUUUGCAUAGACACUGCUCGCGCGUGCGCCCCGACAGCCUUGAAGGGGCCCCUGCCUUCGGAUCCGAUGCGGCUGAGGCAGCUGUGAAGUCCUCGCUUGCCCUCAUUUUUGCGGAGCGCUGUUUAGUGCCGUUUCCUGUUCUCGAGAGGUGGUCGCUUUCUGUUCAGGACCUGUGCUUGAUCCGCUGCAGUGCAUUUCUGCAGCCGAGAUCAUUGCUGUCAUUCACGUUCUGCAGCCGGUCAUUGCUGGCAUUCACGCUCUGGAGGGAGUUCUGGCGGCUGGUGGAUGACUGCGGGGAUGGGUUCGAGAUCUUCAAGGUUAAAGGCCAUGCGACCGUGGAUGACGUGCUCCUUGGAUGCACCACGGCCAGGCAUAGGCAUGGCAAUGCGAAGGCGGACCGUGCUGCGAAGAGCGCUGCUGCGUGCCACCGCGUUGCGUCUAGCGCACGGGGGCAGCUGCAGGCGCGAGCCAAAGUCGUUGAAGCUUGGGGCACUUGGAUCGGGCGCCCCAGCGACGGCUUGGAGGAUUGCGGUCAUCCUAAGCGUCACAUGCGAGGCAAGCCGCCAGUGCCACAGCUGAUUCUGGUCAAGGACCCCUCUCCCAGCGACGUGGUUAGUCGUGCGUUAGCUGCGCAGGAGAAGCUGGGAGAAGGGUCCGGAGUGCAUGCCCUUGCCAAGAUCCAGCUACAGGGCGGUCCGCUCGUAGUUGGAUGUCCGCGCUGUGCUGGCUUUGCCGCUGCUGGCGUCUCGAGCCCGUCGGCCCCGUGUCCCCCCCCGGCGACGGAGCGGGGGCGGAAGGUGCUCAUAAG